AAAUAUGGAAGAUGUGAAGGCCCAAAUACCAAACAAAUCACAGUCGAAAAAAAGCCUGUCUUCAUUCAACUAGACUUUAAAGGUGAAGACAUUGCAGAAAUGGUCAACAGAAGACUGAGGACGUCACUAGCCAGAGCCUAUCCUGCAGCUAAGUUGGUUCCCGUCCACCGAACAACAUGCUCUUUGGUGCAGUCAAAAGUCGAUAGAUACCCUUCUCAUGUUAACUCCAACUGUGUAUACAAAUUUACGUGUAUCUGCGGGAGCAGUUACAUUGGGAGAACAGAAAGAAGGGCACACCUCCGAUUUUCUGAACAUGUGCCGAAAAGCCUACGUCUCAAGGGAACAAACUCUUAUAGCAGCGCUAUUACCAGACAUCUCCUCGACACGGGUCAUGAGGUGGAAAUCGAGAAAUCCUUCAAAAUUAUCAAUAGACAAAGGAGCUCCAUUCUCCUCAAGUUUGCCGAAGCAAUUUCUAUCAAACGCUUGAAACCAGAUCUAUGUGUUCAGAAAGAAUCAGUUAUUAGUCUUUCCUUGCCUUGGUAACUGGAUGUCUUUUUUCUCCCAUCUGAUUGCGUAAUCUUUGUCUUUAACCUCACCCUCUUUUAUAUUCUGUAAUUUUGCUUGUCUCUUGUUUCUAUGAUUUGAGUUCAACUCAGUACAUUGUUACCUAACUUAUUAGUCACUAUGCAUCCAACGCACAUCCCUUACCAUUAUAUACAUACAUUUAUUUAUUAUUUUUUAACUUGAACUGCCUGUGUAAAAACUAUAUAAGCGCAAUUUUCUGAGCACUGUUUACUAGUUGUGAAACUUUCUGUCAACAUGUAAAAUUUGCAAGUACGUUAAAACGUUUCUGUACUUAAACCUGAAAAUUUAUUUAGGCUGUAAGCAGCUGACGAGAAGC